CGGGCGUCUCCGCCAUUUUGUGAGUCUAUAUCUCGGAGCCGUUGGGUCGGUUCCUGCUAUUCCGACGCCUCCACUCCGUCCCCUGCGGGUCUCCUGUGUGUGCAAUGGACGGCAUUGUUCCAGAUAUAGCAGUUGGUACAAAGCGGGGAUCUGACGAGCUCUUCUCUACCUGUGUCACCAACGGGCCCUUUAUCAUGAGCAGCAAUUCGGCCUCUGCAGCCAACGGGAACGACAGCAAGAAGUUCAAAGGGGACAGCAGGAGCGCCGGUGCCCCGUCGCGUGUGGUCCAUAUCCGCAAGCUGCCCAGUGAUGUCACCGAGGGGGAGGUCAUCUCUCUGGGGCUGCCCUUCGGGAAGGUCACCAACCUGCUGAUGCUGAAGGGCAAAAACCAGGCCUUCAUCGAGAUGAACACGGAGGAGGCCGCCAACACCAUGGUCAACUACUACACGUCGGUGGCGGCCGUGCUGCGCGGCCAGCCCAUCUACAUCCAGUUCUCCAACCACAAGGAGCUCAAGACCGACAGCUCACCCAACCAGGCGCGCGCCCAGGCAGCCCUGCAGGCUGUGAACUCAGUUCAGUCGGGAAGCCUGGCCCUGGCCGCCUCUGCCGCUGCGGUGGAUGCUGGGAUGGCCAUGGCGGGCCAGAGUCCUGUGCUUCGGAUCAUCGUGGAAAACCUGUUCUACCCCGUGACGCUGGACGUGCUGCACCAGAUUUUCUCCAAGUUUGGCACGGUUCUGAAAAUCAUCACUUUCACCAAGAAUAACCAGUUCCAGGCGCUGCUGCAGUACGCAGAGCCCGUGAGCGCCCAGCACGCCAAGCUGUCCCUGGACGGGCAGAACAUCUACAACGCCUGCUGCACGUUGCGGAUCGACUUCUCCAAGCUCACCAGCCUCAACGUGAAGUACAACAACGACAAGAGCCGCGACUACACGCGCCCAGACCUGCCCUCAGGGGACAGCCAGCCGUCCCUGGACCAGACCAUGGCCGCAGCCUUCGGUGCACCUGGUAUAAUCUCAGCCUCUCCGUAUGCAGGAGCUGGUUUCCCUCCCACCUUUGCCAUUCCUCAAGCUGCAGGUCUCUCCGUUCCCAACGUCCAUGGCGCCCUGGCCCCUCUGGCCAUCCCCUCGGCGGCAGCGGCGGCGGCAGCGGCAGGCCGGAUCGCCAUCCCCGGCCUGGCUGGGGCAGGGAACUCGGUCCUCCUGGUUAGCAACCUCAACCCAGAGAGAGUCACACCCCAAAGCCUCUUUAUUCUUUUCGGCGUGUAUGGGGACGUCCAGCGCGUGAAGGUCCUGUUCAACAAGAAGGAGAAUGCCCUGGUGCAGAUGGCCGACGGGAGCCAGGCUCAGCUGGCCAUGAGCCACCUCAACGGGCACAAGCUGCACGGGAAGCCAGUGCGCAUCACGCUGUCCAAGCACCAGAAUGUGCAGCUGCCGCGGGAGGGCCAGGAGGACCAGGGCCUCACCAAGGACUACAGCAACUCGCCCCUGCACCGCUUCAAGAAGCCCGGCUCCAAGAACUUCCAGAACAUCUUCCCGCCCUCGGCCACUCUGCACCUCUCCAACAUCCCGCCUUCCAUAUCUGAAGAUGACCUCAAGAUUCUCUUCUCGAGUAACGGAGGGAUGGUCAAAGGGUUCAAGUUCUUCCAGAAGGACCGCAAGAUGGCGCUGAUCCAGAUGGGCUCUGUGGAGGAGGCCAUCCAGGCCCUCAUCGAGCUGCACAACCACGACCUGGGCGAGAACCACCACCUGCGGGUCUCCUUCUCCAAGUCCACCAUCUAGGGCGCGCCGGGCUGCGGAGCCGCCCACCCGGCCCCCGUGACGACUUCCAUCAUUCCAGAGAAAAAGCCACUUUAAAACGCAGCUGAAGUGACCUUACGACCAGAGAUUUUAUUUUUUUAAAGAGAAAUCAGUUUACCUGUUUUUAAAAAAAUUAAAUCUAAUCCACCUUCUAACCUUGCGGUGCCUGUCGCGAGCGGAGGGUCCCACGGCCGCGGCGCCCGCCCUCAGGUCUCACAGCAAUGCCUUCUGGAGCUCGACCUGCCGCCACCGGGGCCUUGCGGCCGGGCCAGGGCGGGCUCCAACCACGAGUCGGCUUCUUUGUGCCUUAA